AUGACUAAGGAUAACCGCUAUGUGGACAGGCAGCUGAUUGCUGGUGGACGGUUUAGCAGUGUUUUCAGGGCAAGGGACAGUACUGAAGGUGUCAACAAGUUGGUAGCGCUUAAGAUCACAACGCCAGAAGAUGAUAGGCCGCCUCAUAGCUCAAGACAUGAGUUGAGAAUAUUGGAAAUGCUAACCAACUUGGGUGUAUCUGAGCACAAUUUGAUACAUAUUUUAGAUAACUUUGAAUCCGAUGGUAUUGACUUGGUGAUGGUGUUCCCAUAUUUCCCAUUCACAUUGACACAAUUUUUGAAGCACAACUCAACAAAGACAAGACAACGAAACAACCCAUACAUGAUUCCUGGAAAUGAUUAUGAGCCUCUGAAGGCUACAUAUGAGAAUAAUUUAACAGUGGAGCAGGGUAAACAGAUAAUGGUUGGGAUUGCUGAAGGAUUAUCAUUUCUUCACCAACAUGGAAUAAUUCAUAGGGAUAUUAAACCAGCCAAUAUAAUGUUCAAAGAUUUUAGUCCAAAUCCAGUGAUUAUUGACUUGGGCAUAAGUUUUGUUUAUCCUAAUAAUUAUGGUAAAGAAACUAAUGAAAACAAAAUUUGUGAUAUUUCUACUGGAAUAUACAAGGCUCCAGAGCUGCUAUUUAGAAUUACUGAUUAUUCUUUCGGAGUUGAUAUAUGGAGUUUUGGUAUUUUGUCAACAUCUCUUUUUAGCAAGAAUGCGGAACCGAUUUUUGGCUCUGAAGAUGUAAGUGAUUUGAAACUAGCGUCGUUAAUAUUCAAUACGUUUGGGACCCCAACUUUGGAAUCAUGGCCGGAGGCUAAGAAAUCAAAAACGUUCAGUCUACUACAGCUAAGUGAUCAAAACUCAAAAGAUAUUGAUGAUAUUCUUCCAAGGGCAGAUAAUUCUAUAAAAACUGCAUUCAAAAAAAUGAUGGUUUAUGAAUCCAAGGAAAGAAUUUCAGCACGCGGUAUACUUGAUCUACUAAAUUAA